AUGGCUGCGAGAGUACCGGUAGUGGUGAUCAACAAGGAGCUCACAACAGAAUCUCGCGUCUCGAUAGGAAGCGCCGUCGACGCAGAUGUCGUCGCCGCACUCUCGGCAUUGGCCGGGCAGAAAGAUGCGGAGGUAUGGCUUUCCGAUGGGAGCGUAGUCAUCAUUGCCGAGCACGUAGCGUUCCGCGUUCACAAGAGCACUUUAGCUCUUAGGUCGGAGGUCUUUCGCAACAUCUUUUCCCUCCCAGAUGCAGCCCCGGCUGCGGAAACCUUCGAGGGAUGUCCCGUAGUGCACGUGAGCGACUCGCAUGAGGAUAUCCGUCACCUCUUUCUGGUGAUUUGCUGCGGUACAAACUAUUACUAUAGCCGGGAUGAGCUCGUUUCCAUCCCAUUCAGCGUCCUCGCGUCGCUUAUCCGCAUGGCCCACAAGUAUAACAUCCAAGCCGUCCUCGAGGACGCACUCUUCCGCCUUAAGAAGUUCUAUACCAAUGACCUCGUCGCAUGGCUGGAUCCCGCCGCCCGAGCGCGAUACGUCACGUCCGACAACCAGGAAGACCCGAUCACGGCCGUUGAGCUCGCCACGCUGACGAGCACUCAGUCUAUCCUUCCGACCGCCUUCUUAGCCUCCACCGAUCUCGCGGAUGUAUACUGGGAAACCAACGACGGGAAACCACCGACCAUGAUGAUGACCGCGCUCGCGGCCCCUCAGCAGGCAUGGCUCGUCGCGGCGAGAGAGAAGCUGGCGCGGGCCUGCGCAAAGCGCACCAUCCAAAUACUGUCCGCUGUCCCGAGUAGGCGUUGCGGUCGGCCGGAGAGCUGCAUUGGGGUUCGACGGGCGGCGCUCGCGAACAUCGGUAAUGACCGGGAAACGUUUGCAGGGACAUUUCCGGCUGCGGACGCAUUCAAACCGCUGCAUGAGGAGUUCUGGGGAGAGGCCUAUUGGCGCAGAUUGUGCGGACAUUGCAGAACUGCUUCGGCUCAUGCCGAUAAAAGCGAGAGGCGAGAACUCUGGCUCCAACUGCCAGAAUAUUUUGCCCUUGAGAUGGACGAGGGUGAUUGGCCCACUAGUAUGGACGCGGUGAGAUUGUGA